AUGUCUUCUCCCAAGAUCAUCCUCUAUACCAACCACAACUGCCCUUGGGCUCAUCGCGCUCACAUCGCCCUCGCCGAGCUGGGUCUCGACUUCGAGGAGGAAAUCAUUGACCUUUCCGUGCCCCGCACCCCCGAGUACCUCCAAGUCAACCCCCGCGGGCUCGUCCCCUCCCUUUCCUACAACGGCGAGAUCAUCACCGAGUCCGGAAUCGUCUCCCAAUUCCUCGCCGACGCCCAUCCCUCCCACCUUGUCCCGACCUCCAACGAAGAGGGCGGCGCCCUUCGCAGGGCCAGGAUUAACUUCUUCGCCGACACCUUCAUCUCCAAGGCCUUCCCUCUCUGGAUCAAGGCCUAUUCCGUGGGCGACGAGGAACAGGAUAAGCUGGGCGAUGAAUUCGUUGAACUGGUUGUCAAGGAGCUGGAACCGCUGCUGGGAGAUGCCAAGCCUUUCUUCGGCGGCAGCGAGAAAUUGACGCUUGCGGAGGUGCUCACUGGUUCUUUCGUCAUCCGCGUCCUCACGCUCCCUCACCACGGCCUGCUCUCCCAAAACUACAUCGCCAGCCUACCCGAGAAGGCCCCCAACUUCCACAAAUGGGCCGAGGCCGUCGCUGCUCACCCAAGCGUGACUGGAAUCUACAAUAUUGAAAAGAUCGUCGCGAAUACGAAGAAGAGGAUUGCGCUGCUGAAGGCCAAGGCUCAGAACAGCUAA